UGAUUAUAAUACUACUAUGAAGUUAUUAAGUUUAAUUUGUCACCUAUUAUUGAAAAGUUAUAUUUUUUUCCUCUCAAAUUCGAAUGAACAGAGGACUUUCCCAAAGCUUCAGGAAAUGUGAUGCUGCACCUGAUUUAAUAUAGAGCUUAUUCAUGUGACAUUUUGAUAUGCCAGGAACCCAAAGUCAGAUAAUUUAAGGCUUUAAACUGAAAUAGGAAGAUCAUCAAGUGAGAAGACUUCCUCUUGGAGAAAGCAGAUCAUCUUCUAAGAAGCUUCCGAGAACUGCCUUGGUGACUGGAACCGAUCCUCCUCCACUUCCUGCCUUUGCUGACCUUCCGAAGCCUCCAGACACUCCUCCAGGAAGUCGCCUGCUUUUUGCCUUCCCCUGGCCCCCAUGGGAUGGAAAAUAAAGCAAAGCAGUAUUUUAUCGUCUAUAUUUCAGCAGGCCUUCUGAAGGUUAACUAAAAAUAUGAUUGUGCUUUCUUCAGAGAACUGCUCUUCUCAGUACCAGUUACAUCACACAAGUCAGCCCCUAGAUGGUAACUGUCUGCUAAUCUUGAUUAUACUUGGAAAAAUAUUACUAAAUAUCCUCACACUGGGAAUGAGAAGAAAAAACACCUGUCAAACUUUUAUGGAAUAUUUUUGCAUUUCACUAGCAUUCAUGGACCUUUUACUCUUGGUGAACAUUUCCAUUAUAUCCUAUUUCAGGGAUUUUGUACUUUUAGACAUUAGGUUUACUAAAUACCACAUCUGCUUGUUUACUCAAAUUAUUUCUUUUAUUUAUGGCUUUUUGCAUUAUCCAGUUUUCCUGAUAGCUUGGAUAGAUUAUUAUCUGAAUUUUUCUAAAACCAGCCUUCCACUUAAGUGUCGGAAAUUGCUUUAUUUCUUUACAGUAAUUUUAAUUUGGAUUUUAGUGUUUGCUUAUGUUUUGGGAGAUCCAGGUAUCUACCAAAACAUGAAGGCACAGUAUGUUUAUCCUUACCAAUGUCCUUUCUAUGUCAGCAUUCAAAGUUACUGGCUGUCACUUUCCAUGGUGAUGAUUUUAUUUAUGGCUUUCCUAACUUCUUGGUCAGAAGUUAUUACCUUGGUACAGGCAAUUAGGAUAACUUCCUACAUGAAUGAGACUGUCCUGUAUUUCCCUUUUUCAUCCCAUUCUAGUUGUACUGUGAACUCUAAAAAAACACUCUUGCCCAAGCUCAUUGUCUGUUUUCUUGGUACAUGGUUACCAUUUGUACUACUUCAGAUAAUGAUCCUUUUAUUUAAAGUACAGAUUCCAGCAUACAUUGAGAUGAACAUUCCGUGGUUGUACUUUGUCAAUAGUUUUCUCAUUGCUACAGUUUUCUGGUGUAAAUGUCACAAGUUUAAUUUAAGAGACAUUGCAUUACCUGUGGAUCCAUUUGUCAACUGGAAAUGCUGCUUCACUGCACUUGCAAUUCAUGAUCCUGAGCAAAUUGAAAAGCCUACAUCAAUUAUAACUUGUUAACAUGUUGCCGGGUUAAAACUUACAACUGUGGUAUUUUCAAAGAAGAAAUAACUCGGUGCAUAACAAGACUGAACUGAACUGAAGCCUCCCUCAACCGCCUCAAUGUGUAUUUUGGGCUAUGAUAUUAUUUGUCUUUUUGUUUGCUUUUAAACAAAAUAAUUCCAAGAAAAAAUGUUAUAUCUGUUCAGGAAAAUUCAUGUUAUAAAUAUGAACAUAGAAAUGAAAUGAGUUAACAUUUGGCCAUACUGAUGUUUCUGUUAUCCAAAAAACUACUGGAUGCAAACUUCUGUAAAUCUGAGAUUUGCUGCCAACUUUAUACAAACUUAAAUAAACAUUGUUAUUUAAUUCACAGCAAUAAAAUCAAGAUCGUCUUCUUAAAAUGAUUUGGAAUAAAUAUUCUUUAACAUAGGGGAAGAUUAGCUAAUUUAAAAAUAUAUAUUUGUUCUUAAAAUAUAUAUUGUUCUAUAUUUGUUCUUAAAAUAAAUAUUUCUGCAAGCUAAGUUUUGCUUACCUUACAGAACUGGUAGUGACUGACUAGGUUUCUUUCCAUGACAUACCAUAUUCCUUCUCAGUUAUAUAACUUAAAUGCCACUUGCAAUAUCAAAUCAUAAAUACCUUGUAAAAGUAAAGUAGGGUUUCUUAUCCUCAGCACUAUUGGUAUUUUGGGUUAGGUGAUUGGGGAGAACGCCCUGUGCAUUGUGAGAUACUUAGUAGCAUCCCUACCCCUCUAACCACUAGAUACCACCAAUAGCAUUGUCUUUCCCAGACUUGACAAUCAAAAUGUCUCCAGACAUUGCCAAACCUCCCAUGGGGGGAGGGGAAGGGCGCAAAAUCGCCCCCGGUCAGAGAACUGCAGGAAUAAAGGAAUCUGAAUGGCAAAUAAUCUGAAGUCACUUUGUGAAUUCAAUUGAACUACAUAGAAGUGUCUAACCUGUCAAUGUCUAAACCUGGCCCUCAUUUCUCUGUUCCUUUUCUUCUGUACUGCUUUCUAAUUGGCCAUAACACGGCACUAUGAUAUUUAAAAUGUUUUGUGCUUAAUAAAACCCUGCAGAUUUUAAAUCAGGAAAAUUUAUAACUAUUUUAAAUCCAUUAGUAAGCUUUUUUUUGUUAUUGUUCACUAAGAAAGCCCCAUGCCUCAUAAGCUUAAAGAAAAAAAGAAAUGCAAUAGACCAGCCAAAUGGAAGAGGCUUUUAUUAGUAAAGAAAUGAACUUAACAGCUGGUCUACAAUAUAUUAUUGAAUUAUAAACAAUAUAAAUAAAUGAUUCUGUAGGCCCACUUAACCUUCAUCCAGACCCACAUGAAGCAAUGUUACAAUAAUAUUCUAUGUGAAAAUAUGCAGGUAACAAAGGUGCAAUUACAAGUAAGUUUAAGCAGCAGAGUAUAAGGUGCUUUAACAGUUAACGUUGCCAUCAACAAACAUUUGAAUGCUUAGUUUUACUUCACUGAAUACAGACACAACAAAUAUGAAAAUCUAAAAUUGAUACACAUGCUACUUGUUAAUAUGAAAGUGCCUUCUCUUUUCUUGAAAAAACAAAACAAAUGGAAAGACUUUUUACAUAGAUCAGGGUGUGCUCUUAUAAUGCAAAAUUAACUUCAUUUUCAGGUUAUACAAUUAAAAACUAGCUACAGACACCAAUCUAGGAACACUAAUGCUAAGAGAGCUAAGACUAUUUAAUUUCCUGUAAAGAGGACUCUAAUACAAUAUCCAAUGUAAAGAAUACAUCUAUAUAUAAUCUUAACAUUUGUUUUCUAGAAAGAUAAAAAAUGCUUUUUCCCCUUGGUGAUGCUUUGUUCAUCCUGGGUGGAUCAGCUUUUGAAGUUUUAAUCAUUUAAAAGUCCUAUUUUAGAACAGUGUGAGGAAUCAAACGUAGUAAUAGAAAAAGUCAAUUAACAUGUACUUGAAGAAUCAAAAAUUAGUAUUU